AUGCAAAGAAUCAUAAGGUGGUUUUGGAGGUUGCAUCAAGCUGAUGAGGCUGAAAUAUUCCCAAACAUGAUCCGGAUGGCGGUCAUACCAUUCAUUCCUUGUAUAGGACUGUUUCGCUAUUGCGAUGGGUGGACUAUUGUUACCCCGCAAAGACCCAGAUCAUUCCGGGCCGGCUUCGGGGGUCGAGGCUGGUUAUGUCAGGAUUCUUGCUAUGGCCUCAACCCGUCCGUUUCCACCGACUUAGCAGUACUUGUAUCUCUCCACGCCAAUUCAUCAUCACAUCAUUUCACUUAUUCGUGCCAUUUCCCCUACUAUGGCAACCAUUUGAAUUUACUUGACCUCCCUUCCUCGUAUACUGUCGCAAACCACUCCGUCCGCCCGUCCUCUUUUUUGCUUACUUGGUCACGCGGCCCUUAUGAUAUCUCAGCGCCUCCUCCCCAUUCAAUGCCGUCUCAUGCACCGGAUAGGUCCAGCGCCCGUAAUCACCUCGAAGCCGACCAGGCAAAUGUCGCAUGCCCUGCACCACUAACGCCGCCGUCCGAAACUGAUGAAGAUCAAGCCUUAGACCUAAGGACCAUCCGACAAAGGGCGGCGAGCAGUCAUGGAAUCACGCGGACGGUCGAACGUGACAAUACUGCUGCGGGCAUGUCAUUAAUGCAAGAGGACAGUAUAUACGCUUUCGCGGAAGCAUACGAAGAGAAGAUGCCUCCGCAAGCCCAACACGGGAGCGCCGCUGCGAUAAGCGAGGAUCACGACAUUAAAAUGGAUGACGAGUCGUCGAUAAAUGGUCAUACUGGCGGGCCUGGAAUCGACCUGAGCAGAAGUGUCAAUGUGACGCCAGUGUCUACAGACGACGCGGACGCCACUUCCCGAGCAGCCGCAGCAGCGAGCGAUGCCACGACAGCAUCACCCCGGCCCAACCCAUCGCUGGAAGAACAAGGGCAAAGGCUUGCCCACGAUAAAGCAGGAGUUUCGUCCAUCGACCAGAAACUUGACUGGUCAGACACUUCAAAGGCAUGGGAGUUCUCGAGGAAGCGAUUACGGCCUCAGUAUCCCUCGUCUACUUUUCAACCAUACUCGAAGUUCAAGGGAACACAACAAUCCGACCGGCAGAUUUACAACGUCGAAGUAACUAUAUUGACUGUCGACAUUGAGCAGUCGACCAUGUCGGGUUAUUUACAAAUUUGCGGACUAACCCCCGACCAUCCGACCCUGACGACAUUCUUCACGGGAGAAAUCAUCGGCGGGCCUGAGCAGAAGUACAGCUUCAGAACACGAGAUCCGGCGUGGGGUGCCAGUGACAAAACCGAUCUCACUCACUGGGCGAGGUUCCCUGCCUGGAGACCGCUCAGUCUUCAGGCCAAGCGGAACAUCAAUUUCGUGUACCCAUUGAAUGACGAGAAUUGGUGGCAGCAAGACUACAUUUUCAUGCGAUGGAAGGAGCACUUUCUGGUGCCGGACUACAAGCUGAAAAGCAUCCAAGGGGCCAGUUUUGAAGGCUUCUAUUACAUUUGUUUCAAUCAAGUCGAGGGGAGGGUCAGUGGUAUAUAUUUCCACUCGAAGAGCGAGAAGUAUCAACAACUCGAAUUAAAGCACGAAGGCAAGCAAGGCGUUUGGGGGAAAGGCGUGUGUCCAUCGAUUGAAUUUCGAUGA